AUGUCGCCCGACUCCAAACCUGGCGGGCUGAAGCGGCCUCAUUCAGAGUCGUCUCUAUCCUCAGAAUCGAACGCGCAACGGCCGACGAAGAAGCAGCGCGUAGUACACACGCUUCGACAUGUGCAAAAUCGCCCGAAACACAUCGAACCUGCGCCGCAGGACCCCGUCUUCGCGCAAGGCCAGCUGCUCAAGAGCAUCGUCGCAGCGCUGAGGUUGGCCGGCUUCGAAGCAGCGAAUGCAUCGGCCAUAGAGAUGUUCCGCUCGCAUGUGGAAGAGUACAUGCUCAAGUUUCUCAACCAUGCACACUCCUCGAUGAAUGACUGCAGACGCACAACACCGACAGCAUUGGACUUCACCGCAGCCAUGAGGUCCAUGUCGAAUGCCCAUACCGCAUCUCUGCUCGAACCUCAGCUGCAUCUAGCACUACCACAAGAAAUUUCAUGUCCUGUUCUGUCCGAGCCGGCGCCAGAACCUCCACCAGCGCCAGACUUUGGAGACCUCUUACAACCUCUCAUGACAACCACACCACCUCCAUGGAUACCCUCACACUUUCCCGCCCUGCCGCCGCAACACGCGUGGAAGCAGACUGCUGUGUUCCCCGAGCGGGAGAAGGAUGCAAGGAAGAUGCGCGAGAAAGCUACAGAGGAAGGCAUGCUCGCGGAGCAGGCACUUCGAAAGCUAGCCGCAGCAGCAAAGACAAGCGCCGCCCACUCGGAAACAAGACGCAGUAGUACACUGAGCGGUUUAGGCAGGGCCAGAACGAGUGCUCCGACCAGAGUGAGAGCUCGGGCUAGUCAGGAUACGUUUGCUGAUGUACUGAAGGAUGUGGACGGUUCGGAUGAGACUGGAGAGGUGGGAAUGGAGAUUGUCAGAGACGAUAGAAGAGACCUUGGAAUGCCUGAAGGAGUGUCUGUGAAUCACGAGAUUGGGCAUUGGAGGAGGAACGGCGCACGGAAGACCGCGAGAGUGUGA